UUAAUUCUCUAUAGGGUGAACAUGUUGAUAUACUAGAGAGCAAAGAAUUUGCAGCAACGUGUAACUUUUAUGGAAGGAUGGUUUCUUGACACAUUGUAAAAUCGAUGCAAGGAUGAAACUCUUCGUCUAUCAUCAAGUCAAAUCGUGAAGAUACAUAUGAACAUGUAAAUUUUAUUUGCGUUGAACUUACACGGACACAUACACACGCAUAAUAAUCAUCCCGCUGAAAAUCGUUUAAUUUCCGCGAUGACGUCUAUGCUAUCCGGAGAAGAAAGCAACCCGGUGAGGAUGAAGCAAAAGUUAAUGAGAAACGUACCUGUCAAGGAGGAGACGAGGUCAUUCCUAAACUUUUCGCGGGAAAACUUAAGCAUCUCGCACUCUGACCUCGAACAAGGGUUCAAUCGGUCGCGGCUCGUAAGACCAAGCAGAAAUACGAUUCUGAGCGUGGCCGCUCUUAUGGCCGCUGUUGUCUGCUUCGGCCUUCAGAGCUGGAAGCUAUUGUCGAACACUCGCGAAAUUGAACAGCUGAGAAGAGACGUCGAUAUCUUGAAGCAUCGGUUUCUGGAGCAGGAUCUUAUGAACGAGCUAAAGGCUUUCGAGGAACAGCUGUAUGCUGAAGAGUCUACCGAGGAUAAUGAUCCAAACGAGACAGACAUUGAUAACGCCGAUUACGACUCUAAUUACGACGAUGAUGGUUCCGCAUUACACGAUUAUUCCGGCGACUACUAUACUCCCUUGACUUAUGGCGCCAGACCGUCAGAUUUUCUUGACAGUACGUCUACGUCGAUACCAAUACCUACGUCUCCGGAUCCCGGUACCAAUGAAGACAUGAUUGAAUUGCUGGCAGCCUUGCGUAAGAUAGAAGCGAAGCACGGACAGGACUUCGAAAGGGACAUACGAGAGAAUCAUAAAAAUAUCGAACGAGAACGCUUUAAAGGGACACACAAAGAGCAAUUAAAUUAUGAAAAAAAGACGAACGACACAAACAGCACUAGACACAAACCUGAUGUUACCAGAGGAGCUACAAAUUCAGAAUACAUCAAAGAGAGUAUUAAAUCGAAGCGAUCGGUGAACGAUAGCUUGAUUGACGAUUUCAAGAGAGAGGAAGCAAAUGGCAAACGACAUAAUACUAGAAGAAUUGUUGUACCCAAAGCACGUUCUUAUGCAAACAACGAGAACAACACAAAUGACAAUUUUGGGACAGAUCCAACAUC